AGAGAGUCUGAAGUCUCUUUUUGUCCUAAGAGAGUCUAAAAUCUCAGGCGAAGGUUUAGUUAGGGUUUUUGAAACAGUGAGUGAAAAAUGAGAGGGUUGCAGCUCUCCUUGAACCAAACCCAGAAGGUUCGCCUUCAGAGAGCUCUGGAAAAGCUCGAGUCUCUGUCGUCAAAACCCAAUUCCAAUGCUUCUGUUAUCGUCGCCGAUUCCAUCCCCGUUAACCACGAAGACGGACUUCUCAAGGGACAUGGGACCUCUGAAGUUAACGGUGAAGUUGUUGCGACGGUUUGCGGCGUCGUCGAGAGGGUUAAUAAGCUGGUCUAUGUGCGUUCGUUAAGAGCUAGGUACAAACCAGAGGUUGGAGAUAUCAUAGUAGGGCGUGUUAUCGAGGUUGCUCCGAAACGUUGGAGAGUGGAGAUAAACUAUAGCCAUGAUGCAGUGUUGAUGCUUUCUUCAAUGAACUUACCCGAUGGCAUCCAGAGGCGUCGAACUGCUCUGGAUGAGCUGAACAUGCGCACUAUUUUUGAAGAGAACGAUGUCAUUUGUGCUGAAGUUCGUGGUUUUCAACAUGAUGGUUUACAUCUCCAAGCAAGAAGUCAGAAGUAUGGGAAGCUUGGAAGGGGCCAAAUGCUCACAGUCCCUCCUUAUCUAGUGAAAAGACGCAAACAACACUUCCAUAAUUUGGAAAAGUACGGAAUUGACCUUAUUCUUGGCUGCAAUGGAUUCAUUUGGGUUGGUGAGCAUGUUGAAGUUACAGACGAUAUGGUAGUGGAUCAAGUGAGCAAUUCUGAACAACAGAGCGCCAAAGCUGAUAAAAAAAUUCUAAGCCCUGAAGAGCAAGAAAGAAGCUACACUCCCCAGGAGACGAGAGAGAACAUCUGCAGGACUGCAAAUGCUAUUCGCGUAUUGUCUACUUUAGGCUUCAAUAUUACGGUUGAAGUGAUCAUGGAUACAGUGGAGUUGAGCAUUUCUCUUAAACAACAGGUUCCCAUACAUGAAAUGCUUGGUGCAGAGUUUUAUGUUCUUGUUGCAGAAAAGGAGGCCGCAAGGAGAAGUUUGACUAAAAAGAAAUGAUGAUUUAACUUUUAUUUGAAAGAACUUUCUUGUACCAUCUUUUUCUUUCUCUUUUGUGUUGCGCCUUUAAGUUAUCAGAAGAAAAUCAGCGAACGGAUAAAUUUUUGUAAGGUAUCCCCGGGCGUGUGGAUGGAUAUUGGGAGCAUACAGCUGCCCAUCACUACUAACAUCAGUCUUAAGUCUUUAUCAAUAGAAAGUUCCCAAUUGUUUAA